UGCACAAGAAAGGAGGGAGGUGGAGGAGAGAAGAGAGAACUCGGUCAUGUGAUGCUGCUUGUCUGGCAGAAGCGUUUUGGUUCUGAGCAGAGAAACCAACUGUUUACUAUUUUGGGUGAAUGAGGUUGGUUGGUUGCUACGAGCAUUUUCUCUCAGGGAACCCUCCUGUCUUCCAGCUCUACACGUCGAAAUCAUCCCAGUGCUGCUUUUUGGCAUUUGGGCAGAGGAGGGAGGUGCCUGUGUCGAGGCCCAGUGCUGACAGGAAGAAAUGUUUUCCAGGAGACUUACUGAUUCUGACCUUCUGCUGUCACUGCCUUUUAAUGCCACACUCCCUAAGUAAACUUGGGAUCUGGCUGUUCUUGCAGCCCCGAGGGCUGCAGAAAUGAAGUACCCACUUUAACUAAAAGAGCCAUGCUAAUCAGAUCUACUGCACAUAAUAAAUGGACUCUUUAAAGAGCGAGGGCAGGAGGAUGAGCUUGCUGCAACACUGGCCUUUGGAGUCUCACCUCUCCCGCAGCGUGCUGGAGGAGAGGGCCAGGAUCUAUCAGCCCACCUGCAGGAUCCUGCCGCUCCCAUGGAUUGUCCUGAAGCCUGGGAAGGACAGCUGCUCAGCCAUGUGCCUGGCGCCUUAUCACAGUUUACGGGAAGUGCUGCAGUUGAAGCUCCAGCAGCGCCGCACUCGGGAGGAGCUGGUGAGCCAAGGGAUCAUGCCGCCUUUGAAAAGUCCAGCUGCGUUUCAUGAGCAGAGAAGGAGCUUGGAGCGGGCCAGGACAGAGGACUACCUGAAACGGAAGAUCCGUUCCCGGCCGGAGAGAUCAGAGCUGGUCAGGAUGCACAUUUUGGAAGAGACCUCGGCUGAGCCCUCCCUCCAAGCCAAGCAGCUGAAGCUGAAGAGAGCCAGGCUGGCAGAUGACCUCAAUGAGAAGAUCGCGCAGAGGCCUGGCCCCAUGGAGCUGGUGGAGAAGAAUAUCCUGCCUGUGGAGUCCAGCCUGAAGGAGGCCAUCAUUGUGGGCCAGGUGAACUACCCGAAAGUAGCAGACAGCUCGUCCUUCGACGAGGACAGCAGCGACGCCUUAUCGCCUGAGCAGCCUGCCAGCCACGAGUCCCAGGGCUCGGUGCCGUCGCCCCUGGAAGCCCGAGUCAGCGAGCCGCCGCCCAGUGCCACCUCUGUGUCCCCUGCUCAGGUUGUGUCUCAGCUCCCCGUGGGCCCAGAGUCCGGAGAAACGCUCUUCCUGGCAGAGCAGCCUCCUCUGCCUCCCAGCCUCACCAACGGAACCGCGGUCCCCACCGCCAAGCCCCUCCCCACCCUCAUCAAGCAAAGCCAACCCAAGUCUGCCGGUGAGAAGUCGCAGCGCAGCAAGAAGGCCAAGGAGCUGAAGCCAAAGGUGAAGAAGCUCAAGUACCACCAGUACAUCCCCCCGGACCAAAAGCAGGACAAGGGGGCUCCUCCCAUGGACUCCUCCUAUGCCAAGAUCCUGCAGCAGCAGCAGCUCUUCCUGCAGCUGCAGAUCCUCAACCAGCAGCAGCAGCAGCAGCAGCAGCAGCACUACAACUACCAGACCAUCCUGCCCGCCCCGCCCAAGCCGGCAGGGGAGGCAGGGGGCAGCGCUGGGGGCCCCCAGUCACGCAGCCUUUCCACUACCAGCAGCAGCGCCGGCUCAGGCGCCCCUGGGCCCAGUGGGCUGGUCCGACAGAACAGCGCCUCGCUGACGGGCAAGCCGGGGGCCCUGCCCGCCAACCUGGAUGACAUGAAGGUGGCAGAGCUGAAGCAGGAGCUGAAGUUGCGAUCACUGCCCGUCUCGGGCACCAAGACAGACCUGAUUGAACGCCUGCGUGCCUACCAGGAGCAGGUCACCCCUGCCAGCCCCGGAGCGCCCAAGGCCCCCACCACCUCCCUCCUGCCCAAGGCGGGCGAGGUGGUGGUCGCCUUCCCCACCGCCCGGCUCAGCACGGGGCCCGCCCUGGUGGCAGCGGGCCUGGCCCCGGCCGAGGUGGUGGUGGCCACGGUGACCAGCAACGGUGUGGUGAAGUUCGGCAGCACAGGCUCCACGCCCCCUGUCUCCCCCACCCCCUCAGAGCGGUCACUGCUCAGCACAGGCGACGAGAACUCCACGCCGGGGGACAGCUUUGGCGAGAUGGUGACGUCUCCGGUGACCCAGCUCACGCUACAGGCCUCGCCGCUGCAGGUCCUCGUGAAGGAGGAGGGCCCCCGCCCUGGGGCCUGCUGCCGGAGCCCGGGGGCGCGGGCCGAGCUGGAGGGCCGGGACAAGGACCAGAUGCUGCAGGAGAAAGACAAGCAGAUCGAGGAGCUGACGCGCAUGCUCCGGCAGAAGCAGCAGCUGGUGGAGUGGCUCAGGCUGCAGCUGGAGCAGGAGAAGCGGGCCCAGCAGCCGGCCCCCGCCCCCGCCCCCGCCCCGCUUGGCCCGGGCCCCGCGGUGAAGCAGGAGAGCAGCCUGGCCAGCUGCCAGCUCAGCCGGCGGCCCCCGGGCCCUGAGCUCCCCUUCAGCCCCGGCCUCUCGGCCCCCGCCACCCCCAACGCAGACACCCGCGCCCUGGUGUCCCCGGCCGUGGUGGUGAAGCAGGAGGCUGUGGGGCCCGAGCCUGAGCCGGCCCCGGCCCUGGUCACUCUGGGCCCCGCGGUGAAGCAGGAGAGCGGCUUCACCAGCUGCCAGCUGAGCCGGCGGCCCCCGGGCCCUGAGCUCCCCUUCAGCCCCGGCCUCGCGGCCCCCGCCGCCCCCCACACAGACACGAGUGCCCUUGCGCCCCCGGUCGUGGUGGUGAAGCAGGAAGCCGUGCUGCCCGAGCCUGAACCGGCCCCAGCCCCACAGCUGCUGCUGGGCCCGCAGGGCCCCAGCCUCGUCAAGGGGGUCACACCACCCCCCCUCCUCACUGACUCCGCAGGGACCCAUCUUGUCCUCACCGUGACCAAGAAGAACACAGACAGCCCUGGCCUGGCCAGCGGGAGCCCCCAGCAGAGAGGCCACCUGUCCCCCAGCAAGGCAACGCUGGCAGUUGGCUCCCUGCUGCCACCGCCCUCACAGCCCAGACCCUCUGCUCAGCCUGGGUCAAAGCCUCUGUCCCAGCCUGAGUCUCCAGCUCCCGGCCCCCCGGGCCGCAUGGACCUGGAGCCCCCACCCCAGCCCCUGUUUGGGACCCCCGCUUCUCAGCCGAAGAAGGAGCCGCCUGGCUACGAGGAAGCCGUGAGCCAGCAGCCCAGGCCGCAGGAGAAUGGUUCCUCGAGCCAGCAGAUGGAUGACCUGUUUGACAUUCUGAUUCAGAGUGGAGAGAUCUCAGCGGAUUUCAAGGAGCCAGGGAAAGAGAAGGCGCCCCCCACAGCAGCCUGCGGCUCGCCCCUGGCCGCCCAGCCCUCACCUGCGGCUGAGCUCCCUCAGGCCGCCCCGCCGCCGUCGGGCUCGCCGGCCCUGCCUGGGCGCCUGGAGGACUUCCUGGAGAGCAGCACAGGGCUGCCGCUGCUGACUGGCGGGCACGAGGGACCGGAACCCCUCUCCCUCAUCGACGACCUCCACAGCCAGAUGCUGAGCAGCUCCGCCAUCCUGGACCAUCCCCCAUCCCCCAUGGACACCUCGGAAUUGCACUUUGCGCCUGAGCCCAGCGGUGUGGGCCUAGACUUGGCCGACGGGCACCUGGACAGCAUGGACUGGCUGGAGCUGUCGUCGGGCGGGCCGGUGCUCAGCCUGGCCCCGCUCAGCACCACGGCCCCCAGCCUCUUCUCCACGGACUUCCUCGAUGGCCACGACCUGCAGCUGCACUGGGACUCCUGCUUGUAGCUCCUGGGGGUGGGAGGGCUAGAGACCCCGAGAACUCCGGGGCGCCCGGCACUUUCCAGCCCCAUCCCGCCCCUCCGUGAGGCCGGAAGUCCUGACAAUCAGAGGCCCUGCCCGCUCCAGGGAGGCGGUGCCGGGCCCCGCCCCGGGCUCGCGGAGGCCUGCAUGGGCCGGGCUUCUAUUUGACCUCCUUCUGUGAGGUCGGGGUGCACUUGCCAGCUGCGGUCUGCUCAGGAGGCGAGGCAGAACCCGGGGCUGAGGCAGAACCCGGGCCCGCGUGUCCUCUCUUGCCCCGAGGGGGCACGGGCUGGGCCUCUACCUCACCAUCCUCGCCGCGCCAACACCAGCGUCCCAGGCCUCCCAGGAGGGGCUCCCUGCCUCCUAGUGUCUUGCUGUAGCGCAGCCAUGUAUGGUUGGUGGCAGUUUCUGUACAGGUGUACAUACCUCUGUUAUAUAUCGCCAUACGUAUACACAUAUAUCUCGGCGGGGGUGGGUGCAGCUGCCCCCGCCUUCUGCACAGAAGGGCCUGGAGACCACCGCUCCCAGGGCCGGGCGCGGCUUACCGCGGUCCCGCCCAUCACUUGUGUUUGACGUGUAGCCACCUCGCCACAGCCUGAGCCCCACCCUCCUGCUUCCUGCUCCUUAUCAGUGCCACGAGGGCGGGGUGCUUCCUGCCCACAUUCCGUCUGCUGCCUCACUGCAGCCACCACGGCCAGGGUUGGCAGGGGAGCCCGAGGCGGCCCUCAGGCUCUGGCUGCUGCCUCCUGCCCAUCACAGUCAUCCACAGGGGAUGAGGGGUGGAGUCACCAAAACCGGAGGUGGGAUAGCUGUGUGAACUUUUUAAAAUAAAAACAAAAACACCUC